UUCGUUUUCUCUCAGUACAUUCAGUGACUGAAUGUGCGCUGGAUUAUUUUCGGCAAACAGUGAACGCGAGCAGCAUGCUGGACACUUCUGGGGUUUGAAGUUCUAUGAACGCAACUGAAAUAGGAGGUUUGAGGAAGAUACCGUUUGGAGGAUAAAGCGACUACAAACUUAUUUAGCAAAGGAUGAUGGAGGAUAGAGUGUUGGAGAGAUCAGAGGCGAAGGAUUUUAAAGAUCCCCCUCAAUUGUUUACCUACUAUCAAGGCGACAUCAACACAGCUGUGGAUGAGCACUUCUUCCGUGCCCUGAACAAGGCCACCAUACCAAAACACCUCAGCACUAAAGUCAAGGACAGCAACAGGACUUCUGAUGUCUCCUCAUCAUCUUCAUCAUCAUGGGCUUAUUCGGGUCUAACAUGGUCUAAGUCCUCACAUUCUUCCAACUCCUCAAAGCUGACCCAACUGACAUCCAUAGACGAUUCUCCUCCAUCCCAGGGAGUGAUCAUGAAUCCCCCAGGAAUAUCUUCAGCAUCAUCACUCUGGCCCUGUACCUCCACACAAAGCACAGCCUUUGAACUGCCUCUGUCACUCUACCAACAACCUGCCGCUGCUGAGAGCAGAGCCAACUCUUACAUGAAUAUGUUACAAAUGGAGCGGCCAACAGGGGGCAUCAUGAUCUCGCCAUUUUCAAAAUCAGAUGCCAGGCCCAAGUGGAAUGCUGGGGCAGCCUUUAAAGACACAUCUGGAAGCAGGAUCGGCCUAGAUUCAGGUGUGCCAGUUGCAGAAAUUAGUAAGGAUUUGUACUGGUAUUGAAGAAGUGAUUUCUGACUUUACAAUGAGAAUUUGUUUUUUGUUUUGUUUUUUUGCACCAGACUGCCUCAUACUGUGUUUACAUUAUGUAAGCCUAAGAAUGCUACAUUGGCAGAAUGACUCAAACCCAUUACAUUCAUGGUGUUAGAAAUUCCUGAGUGAUGAAUGGCAGUCAGUUGCUUCUUUUAGCCACCACGAGUGUGUGAACAAGCUAACUUUACACUUAAUAUGACGUGAGAAAACCUGAUUUGAAAUUCCUCACUUCUCUUAGCUGUGUGAUGGGUUAAUGGGAAAGUAAAGCCUAUUUAUAUGAGUAGAUAAAGCUUAUUUGCAAUCCCAAAGACAAUGCCUUUGCUUUUGAUGACAGUUGUACCAAACAUUCUUUUUGUAUAAUAUUAUGUAUUUUGAAAGUCAAUCAAUAUUAUUGUUGUAGAUCGUAAUUGUCUCUAUGGAAGAGAUGUUUUUAAUGUUUCAGUGGUGUUAGUUUCUGUCAUAAGGCAAAAAUGACAGUAGAAGUUAUUUGACAAAAAUUCAUUCUUCACUAUUUUUAUAAGAACAUUUUUCUUUGAGGAGUUCCUCAUAACUAAGUAUACCUUGGGGGAUAGAAAAAAAAUCUUCAAAACUAUUUUUGCAUGAGUGGUUACUCUUCAGGGCAUUAUGCACAGAAGGCCAUAGUUCAAGUUGCAGAAAGUGACCUGACAUGAGGAAACCAAAACGAAGUUUCUCUGAAACUGUGCACAAAUGCGAUUGAACUUGAUCUUCACAAACCUGUUUGCUCAUAAACUGCCAUCAUUUUUUCCCCCUAGAGCAUGUACUCUACGGUUUGCACAGCCAUGAUGAAUUUCCUUAUUUUACAAGAAUAGUAGUUGUCUACUUUUCUAAUUGAUUGAAUUCAUACACUAUAUGGCUGAGUGCAAUGAGUUUAUAGUCAUUUGGGACAGACCUAUUGUCUUUUUUGUAUAUCUUCUUCCACUUUCACACAUUUGCAUUAUUUUAGAAGUGAUGUUAAAAUCUUUGAGCACAAAAUAACCAUUAAUCCACAGUUAUGAAAUUUUCAUUGUUAGUUUUUUGUGAAGCACAGAACUACCUAUUUUAACUCAUUUUAAAUACUGUAAUUUAGUGGUCAUCUCCUUAUUAGCCUGUUGUUUAUUGUAAAAUAUCAAUAUAAAAAUUCUUAUUCAACAUGCUUUUUAAGGGGAAGAUGUCCACCUUAAGAACAAUGUGCAUUUACUUUUACAUUUAACUAGUUUAGAUAUAAGUGUAGAAUCCAUCAUCUUGUAUAUUAUAAUGGGAAAUAAAUAGAAACAUUUGCUAACUUAGUUGUCAUACCACAAAUUUUUAUAUUAUAAAAAGGUGUCAUCCUACCCCACUACUGGGGUAAAAUGACCCCCUACCUGGGGCAAGAAGUCCCCAAGGAUAAACUUCUCCCAGCUGCAAUCUGAUUUUUACAGAAUGUAUAAAAUACAUCUGAUAUCAUUCUUAAUAAUGUCUUAUGUAAAGCACUAAAUCAAAUAUUACACUGCCUAGCCAAAAAAAAAGUCGCCGUUUGGAUUUAAAUAAGCAGAUUAAUAUGUUUCAGCUGGUAACAAUUCUUUUAACCCUAAAUGAUGCAGUGUGUAGCUUCUCAUUUCUUAAACAACCAUGUCGGAAAACAUAUCCCGUGGUCGUGGAAAAGAUGUUACUGUGUUUCAGAAGGGGCAAAUUAUUGGCCUGCAUCAAGAAAAGAAAACAACUUAAGGAGAUUGCUGAAAUCACUGGAAUUGGAUUAAGAAAUGUCCAACUUAUUAUUAAAACCUGUAAGGAUAGUGGUGAACCAUCAGCUUCGCAGAAGAAAUGUGGUUGGAAAAAAUCUUGAAUGAUCGUGAUCGGACAUCACUAAAAUGCUUGAAGUCACAUCGUUAAAAAUCGACAGUUGAACUCACGCCGAUGUUCAAUAGUGAAAGUAAGAGCAUUUCCACAUGCACAAUGUGACAAGAAUUUACAAGAUUGGGACUAAACAGCUGUGUGGCCACAAGAAAGCCACUUGUUAGUGAGGCUAAUCGGAAAAAACAACUUCAAUUUGCUAGGGAGCAUAAAGAUUGGACUGUGGAGCAAUGGAAAGAUCAUGUGGUCUGAUGAGUCCAGAUUUACCCUAUUCCAAAGCGAUGUGCGCGUCAGGGUGAGAAGGGAAGCACAUGAAGCGAUGCACCCGUCAUGCAUAGUGCCCACGGUACAAGCCUCUGGAGGCAGUGUUAUGAUCUGGGGUUGAUUCAGUUGGUCAGGUCUAGGCUCAGCAACGUUAUGCAGCAAUAAAAUGAAGUCAGCUGACUACCUGAAUGUACUGAAUGACCAGGUUAUCCCAUAAUGGAGUUUUCUUCCCCGACGGCACGGGCAUAUUCCAGGACGACAAUGCCAAGAUUCAUCAUGCUCAAAUUGUGAAAGAGUGGUUCAUGGAGCAUGAGGAUUCAUUUUCACACAUGAAUUGGCCACCACAGAGUCCUGACCUUAACCCCAUUGAAAGUCUUUGGGGGACUUUGAGAUGUGCUGAAGAAGACUUUACGGAGUGGGUCAACUCUCCCGUCAUCGAUACAAGAUCUCGGCCAAACAUUAAUGCAACUCUGGAUGGAAGUAAAUGCUAUGAUGUUGCAUAAGGUUGUCGAAACUAUGCCAUGACAAAUGCACACCGUAAUCAAAGCUAAAGACGGUCCAACGAAAUAUUAGAGUAUGCGACUUGUUUUUGGCAAGGCAGUGUAUGUUUAUUUAUUUUCAAUAGUUGAAUAAUUGAAUAACUAAAUACUGAAAGACAAAUCAAAUAAAAGAAUCCCAAAGAGAUUCUAAAACGAUAAACUUAUUCUAUGAAGUAUACUGUUCAGGCUUAAGAAUAUAUUUAUACACCCAUAUUUUUAAUUGAAGGGAUGUCGUAAUGGAAAUCUUAUGUGUGUUAUAUAUAUUGAAGCUUCUUACAUUCUAAUUCUCUUGGGUUUAAUCUGUGGGUCAUGUCCACAACUCAGUAAUUGCAGCAGCUGGCCUGCACCAUUUUCCCAUCAUAUGUUUCAGUCUUUCCAAUGUUCCUUUCACAUCCCCUGAGUGUGUCUGUACUGUAAAUGAGAAGAUGAUUUGAGAUUUUCUCAAAGCAUUUACCCUGGUGAAAUAAAGGCUUAAAUUAACUACAAAUUUAAACAUUAAA